CCACCUACCGGAUCCCGCGCCACUCAUCACCCAUGUUUCACCUACAAUACGUCAGUUUUUUUCUCCACCAAUUUACAGACACUCGGUCUCCGACCGGGCCGGUUUUAUUGUGAUUGUGACUCGUAUCUAAUUUUAGUGCUAAGUCUAGAGCCGGCGUGAUUUCAGCUCGGCCGUGGUACAAGGGAACUCAAGUAGUGCAAAUAGUUAUCAACCGAUAUCUCUUUUACGCGUGGUGUCUGUGAUUUUUGGGAACGGUGAAUCAGUUGUGAUCGGUUUUGUUUUUGUGACGGUUUCUGGUCAGAUAACAAUGUAAAGUGGGGCAAGACCUUCAGAACAGAGGCUCUAGUGAAGUUCUAGUGAAGUUUGAAACUGAUAUUCUCGAUCGGUGUGUGUUUAAGGUACUUUAAGAAUUGACUUUGAAAGUGCUCUUGAAGUAAUGUCUCUCUAGAAAUGGUUUUUUAGGAAAAUUAUCUGAUUGUUUGUGAUUGUUGGCCACUUGUGUUUCUAAUAUGGACUUGGAUUCUUCUCCCCUUCGAUGCUUCUAAUGCAGACCAACGUCCCGCCGUUUCUGGGGCUGCCGCCGCCCGAAGGAGGGCCGAGGUUGGGGACGUUCGAGCCCGGGGGGCGCUUCAAGUCCGACGAGCUGACAAUCGAGAGGGUGAAGAGUGACAAGGGCGAGAAGGAGCAGCACCGGGACAUGUUGUCGGGCUUCGAGAAGUUCGGUUGGGGCAACAACUUCAACUACAAGGACCUGAACCAGCUGCUGGGCAGGCCGCAGGACGUGGCUCGCCGACCCGUGGACCACGGGCCGCCCGGGGUGCGACCGCUGGAGGAGAUGGACCUGAGGCACCUGGAACUGGAGAUGGAACUGUUGAGGUCCAGGCAGGCCAAGAGGGCGGAGACCGAACGCCGGAGGGAGCAUGCCAGACGGAACUCGACGGAAAACGCCAUCAAGACGGAAAUGAACGGAAAACUGCCAGAGUACAUGUUACCGAUGUCGCCCCCUGGGAAACAGCUGGGGCGGAACCUUGGACCCCUGAAUUGGGCGUCCGUGGCCUCCUGGUUCUUCAGGCCCGAGGGUCCAGGGAGUGUCGUCACAACGUCGAGCAGCACCAACAGCUCUACCCGGACCUCCGCUGAACCCCAUUUCGCUCUGGCACCGACUAUCUGCACCGCCAUCCGGUGUACAGUACCUGGCUGUACUUGCGAGUGCUUCACCCCCGGCAAGCUGCACAUCCGGUACUGCGAGAGCUGCUCCCACGGCUGGGUACCCCAUGCCCUGGACAAACUCGGCUUCCGACACGUGUUCGGUCAGAGCCCCGUGGAACCUGUCCAACCCAACGUCGCCUUCGACAUCGCCUCCCUGGUGCUCUACGGCUGUCAGGCGCUCCCCAUCCGACUCAAGAUCCUCCUGGACCGUCUCUUCAGCGUGCUCCAGCGCGAGGAGGUCCUCCAAGUCCUGCGCGGAUUUGGCUGGAGCCACGAAGACUACGCCCGCGGCUACAUCCUCCAGGAGCCGCACGGUGCAGUACUGGACCGCUGGAAUAUCUGCAGUCCUGAAGAGGAACCUUUGGUCCUGCAGCAGUUCCUGAGGUUCGGCGAGACUCGGGCGAUCACCCAGCAACUCCUGCUGCACAGCGGCGACGCGCGGGGACUACCGCGGCUGGAGUCGGACAUCCAGAAGUUCAUCGAGAGAGCCGCAGGCCGUCUACCCACCAAGGAGGAGGACAGGAACUCCAGGAUCUCCAUCAAGCCUAUUCAGCAGCUGCAGCAGCCGAGGAGAGGGUUGUCUCCUCCUCCAGCUCCAGUGCAAGCCCACCCUCCCAUGGGAGUACAGCAUCACUUGGCAGCCACCAGGCCGCCCCCACCCCCGGCGUCACCCCAGCAAAAGCAAUCCUCGAUGAGCUUCUUGAAGCUACCACCGACCGGCUUAUCUUGCACGCCCGCGACCACCAGUAACGGGCCUAUCCCCUCUUCCCCGCCCAGCAGCAUCAGCAGUAGCCCCAUCAGCGUGUCCCCUCUCAACAGACUGCAGAGCAUGCAACCCUUCGACUUCCGGAAGAUCGCCACAGGGGCGCUUCCCGUCAAGGGCAGUCCGGAAAGAAGAAGAGCCUCGGAGACUUCGGAAUCGAGCCCACCGGGUCUGAUGAACCUGUGUGUGACGAGCCCCAACCCCGUCUGCCCUCCUCCUCCACCCCCUCCUCACCCCGCCACUAGUACGGCCAUGUCCAUCUAUCCCACACACAGGUCCCCUCCUGGAGAUCCCACGGGUAGUAGCGAGUUCGGCUCCGAUGACGAUGACGAUGACGAGGAGAACUCACACUCGGCGUUGAACCUCAGUCGGGACGCCGCGCCAAAACUGCCCAGACCUAACAGACCCCAGCACAUGAGGAAAACUGCGACGCCCAUGAAACGGCAAUGGGGAACCUCCACUCUACCUCUCAAUUUAGGAACUCAACUCAUCAAUCCUGCCACUGGAAAGAAGAGGGUCCAGUGCAACGUGUGCUUAAAGACUUUUUGUGAUAAGGGUGCGCUGAAGAUUCACUUCUCUGCUGUCCACCUUCGGGAGAUGCACAAAUGUACCGUAGAGGGUUGCAACAUGAUGUUCAGCUCUAGGAGGUCAAGGAAUAGACAUAGUGCCAAUCCUAACCCUAAGUUACACUCACCUCACUUGAGGAGGAAAAUAUCUCCCCAUGACGGCAGGAGUGCUCAAUCUCACCCAAUUCUCAUACCUCCUAUCCCACCUUCAGCGUUGAAUCCUUUGUCUUUUGGAACGUUUCCGUUACUGGCUCCAACACCCGACAUGAGACACCAACAAGCUGUUCUUGACCUAAAACAAAGUCUCGAUUUGAGUCUACAUCGACACGAAGAACAAAGAAGGUAUGAAAACUCAUCGGACCAUAUGGACGAUUAUAUGAUGGACGAUGACGAUGAAGAGGGUAUCGUCGUUGUUGGCAAUGGGGACGAUGACGAUGAUCUGGACUGUGACACUCAGAACGGAGAUAAACAUGACGGAGAGAAGACGAAAAGGUUUAAACUGUCCGAAUCUGACAUGGAUAUGGACGAAGAUAUGACUAGUAAUAUGGACAGCAACGACGAUUCUCUGAGUGUCGUAGACUCUCAGAGCACUAAAGAAGAGAACGUAGGUGACAAUGCUAUGGCUCUUUCGAAGAGUGUGCGGAAGAGGAAGAACCAAAAUCCUACAAGGUGUGCUAUUGCACAGCCCAUAGCAGAUGAUGACGGCAUUAUGACAGAUGAAGAAUCGUCUAAUGAUGUAUUUCAAGGAGCAAAAAGAGAAGAUCGAAGCUCACCCCUUAAAGAACACGAUAUUCCAAAAAACUUUGAAAGUGAUCUCCAACCGCAAGAUUUGACAGAAAAGAAUUCAAAAGAACAAGAAAAUACUGCAGUAAAUUUACCAACACGUACAGAAUCUCCUCUGCACCAAAAGGUUGAAAAUUCAGAAGUUGAAAAAGAGGAUCAGGAAAGGGAAGUAACUAACGAGGAAGUAAAUAAUAUUGAGAACAACAAGAACAGAAGUGCAAGAAACACACCAGAUCAUGAAGAAAAACUGAACAGUGAAAACAACAAUAUUCCAAUUCAAGAAUUAAAACACGAAAAAACAGAGGAAAUUACUAGUUCUAAGUCACCUAGUUUAAAUAAAACCGAUGAUCAGCUGGAUUCUACCAACGCACUUCGUCAACUGGAAAAUCUCUCUCAGGGUAAUUUUGGGGAUAUGGCAAUGAAUCGCCAGCACGAGUCUUUUCCUAUGAACUUUAUGAUGGGUGCAGACCCUCCUAGUCCAGCCAGGUCCCAGUCAUCGUCUGUGAGCUCUGGAGAUUCCCCUUCAGAAGAUAACGGUGACCACAUCUACGGACACUUUCAAGACGGCACCUUUAUCAGUACAAUGGACGUGCCAAUCGACAAAGACAACCCUAGGAUGUGUACAGCUUGUGGGAAGAUGUUCCAAAACCACUUCGGUGUGAAGACUCACUACCAGAACGUCCAUCUGAAGCUGAUGCACAAGUGUACCGUGGACGGCUGUAACGCUGCUUUUCCUUCGAAGAGAAGCCGCGACAGGCACAGCGCCAACCUCAACCUCCACCGUAAACUCUUGUCCACAUCUCUAACAGACAAGACCGGAUCGUUGUUCCUAGAAAACUCACCGUUUUCCUCGUUAGCUGCGAAUACAGCGUUACAUAACGAAUUCCUCUCCCGCUUCUACGCCGACCCCCAGUCGAUGCCCCUGGGGCCGCCUCAUCUUCCGCCCCCAGGCAUGAUGAACGGUGAUCGUCUUCCGCCUCAUCCUCCAAUCUUCCUCCCCCCUCUCGGAGGCCUCCCCGGCUUCCCUGGGAUGAAUAACUUCCCGCACCUGCCCCAGCCGAUGCAGAACAUCAACGGUCACUCUUCAGGAUCCGCUUCUCCCAUCUCGCCGGCGUCCUCUCCGGUCCCACCGCACCCGGAGGAGGAUCUCCCGGUGCCCGACAGAGACGGCCUCCUCCCCUGCAGGUUCUGCCAUCAACCUCUCCAGGACGCCUCCGCCCUGAAGGAGCACUACGAGCAACACCAUUCCUCGGAGAUGUUCCGCUGUUCCUUGCCCGGGUGCGGGAAACUCUUCACUUCCAGGAGGAAGCGGGACUCCCACCAGGACAGCGAGUCCGCUCAUCAACCCCCGCCCACGUCGUGACCCUCCCGACCCCUCGCCGUGCCCGUGUGGUGGUAGUGCCAAUCCUCCCCUCAGUUCCUUCAUCGCGUCGAUGUAUUUAUUGUCUAGUGUCGUUUAAUCAAAAGUGGCGAGUACUCGCUUCCCAGUGAUCGUUGGAAUCAAAUUUUGUAAUUUUAUUGUACAAUAUCGCGCCUGUUCAUAGACUCGACCUCGAUUCGUUAGUAUUCCUUUUUUAUCUUUAGUGCAAUAAUGGACCCGAGCGCUCGUGGAGACUGACUAAAUGUAUCUAGGUUAAGUGGCUGACUGGACCGAUUGUCCGCGUCGUUGUACGAUAUUAGAUUGUAUGUGUUUGUAUACGAUUAGGUGCGUAGUCUCUUGCAUUUUACCUAUACCACCGUGUCCCUUCCUUCCUUAGGGUCAAGUCCAUACAUCGAACGGACUCUUCUGUGAUUUUACUGUCCGGUCACUAUUAGUUUUAUGUUAAUCCGCCGUCGAGUGCAAGAGAGAAUGAUGUAAUGUCCUUGAAGAGAUUUUCUAUCCGAUAUGUUGUGUUUAAUUCAUUUAUAUGAAUGUUUCCUUCUAAUCCUUGUUCAAUAUUGAAUUGUAUAAAUCGCAAUGUUAAUAGUAAUUUAUCCAAAGUUAUUUCAAUGUUGUAAAUUUUUAUUAAAUAAUCUUAGUUCAUUUGGUUAAAACAUAAUUCGCAAACAAACAUAAAUUUGUAUAUUUUCUUUUAAUCAAAAUUUUAAAUCAAAAUGAUUAUGCGUGUUUGUGGUGCACCAGAAAAUUUUGUUUUUGUUUGUAUAUUGUAUAAUGCAGUUUCUUACUCUUAAUUUCAUUAUGUUUCCAAAUAAAAAAAUAUGAGUUUUAUUAUUUGUCAAAUCACUGUCUUUCUACGCACAGGCAUUGUAUUUUUAACUGUAGCGAAGACUCUAUAUUUGUUGUUUACUGUGAAGUGUAAUAAGAUAUUACGUAUAUUGUGUUUUUAUUUAUUUUGUAAAGUUUAAUUUAACGUUCUGGUGACCACGGUGUGGCGUGACUGUGCUUCUUUCCCCAUGAUCUCUCUGUCGUAAUCAAAAGCGACGGGCAGUUGUCGUCGAAUCAUGUACCUCGAAUACUCCGUGUAUAAAGCUAUUGUAACUUUUGUUAUAUAUAAGCGUAUUGUAUGUAUCAUAGUCAGUGUGAGUGGUUCGCCACUUCUAAAUAAAACUGAACAAGGUUA